AUGGAGAAUCAAAGCACCGUGUCUUACUUUCUGCUUCUGGAAUUCUCAAAAAAUCGACAUCUGCAGAUUCUACAUUUCUUCUUGUUCUUUGCAUUAUAUCUGGCAACUAUAACAGCAAAUCUUCUAAUCAUUUCUGCAGUAGCUUUAGAUAAUCAAUUGCAUACCCCCAUGCACUUGUUUCUAAUGAAUUUGGCUGUGGAGGACCUGGGCAUUGUUUCAGUCAUCAUCCCCAAAUCCAUGAUAAAUUCCCUCAUGGACACCAGACACAUCUCUUACUUGGGUUGUGUUGCUCAAGUCUUGAUCUUUUCUUCCUUUGAAGCUUCUGAUUUAUUUCUUCUGACAGUUAUGGCAUAUGAUCGGUAUGUUGCUAUUUGUUAUCCACUGCACUAUGAACUGAUAGUGAAUUGGAAAGCCUGCACCAAAAUAGUGGUUCUGGUGUGGGUCACAAGUCUUCUCUAUGGUAUGUUGCACACCAUUGGUACUUUUUACCUCCCUUUCUGUUCUAAUGUUGUCAACCAAUUUUUCUGUGAAAUUCCACACUUGCUAAAACUGUCCUGCUUUGGUUUCAAUCUAGUUGAAGUUGGAUUCCUUGUGGCUAGUAUCACUGCAGGGUUUGGUUGCUUUAUUUUUAUCAUUUUCUCCUACACUAUGAUCUUCAAGGCAGUGUUGAGAAUUCCUUCUGUAAAAGGAAGGCAGAAAACCUUUUCCACUUGUCUUCCCCACCUUAUAGUUUUUUCCAUGUUUCUGAUAACAGUAUGCUUGGCCUAUUUGCGAUCUCCCUCUGACACUCCAUCUUACUUAGAUUUAGCAUUAACUGCCUUGUAUUCUUUACUCCCACCCCUAUUCAAUCCAAUCAUCUACAGCAUAAGAAAUAAGAAUAUCAAAUCUGUGCUUUCUAAAUUGUGGAGAUUGUGA